AGCGCGCACAUUCAUUGCCUUUUUAUUUUGAUUAGAUAAAAACACGCACUUUUGAACACUCAUAGUUUUGACGGGAUUGGGUUUAAUUUAUUUUUUUUAUUGUUGUUUUUCUGCGGUCAGGAUAAGCAACUACUUCAAUUGAUUUCGUUAAAGAAGAAAAAAAAAUCAAAUAAAGGCAAAAAUACGUGAACUUUCUCUUUGAACAAGUGUUUUUUGUUUGAAAAAACCAAUUUUCGGCUUAAAAAAGUUUCCAUCAAAAAGCUGAUUGUAUCGCUGCUACAAAAAGAUGUCAGACAUUCCAGAAAAUGCGGCUGAACAUUGCCCGGGGACGCAGAGUAAUGAUGCGGGCAAGGCAUCAGCGUGUGCUGGUUGCCCCAAUCAGAAUUUGUGUGCAAGCGGAGCGACACAAGGACCUGAUCCAGCCAUUGAACUGGUGAAAGAACGAUUGGCCGAGGUGAAAAACAAAUUGCUUGUUCUGUCGGGAAAGGGUGGUGUCGGCAAAAGUACGGUCACAUCGAUGUUGGCCCGUGCCAUGGCACUGCGAUAUCCAGAGAAAAACUUUGCCGUUUUAGAUAUUGACAUUUGUGGACCGUCACAGCCGCGAAUGUUUGGCGUUUUGAAUGAACAAAUCCAUCAGUCUGGUUCCGGUUGGUCGCCGGUGUUUAUCGAUGAAAAUCUGUCAUUGAUGUCGAUUGGCUUUUUGCUGGGCAGUCAAGAUGAAGCCAUUAUUUGGAGAGGACCCAAGAAAAAUGGAAUGAUUCGUCAAUUUCUGAGUGAAGUCGACUGGGGUAAAUUGGACUGUUUAAUCGUCGAUACACCACCCGGCACAUCCGAUGAACACUUGGCCGCUGUUAACUACCUCAGUCAAACCGGUAACUGGGGUGCUGUUGUUGUGACCACACCACAGGAAAUAUCAUUGCUGGACGUUCGAAAGGAGAUAAAUUUUUGUAAAAAAGUUAAAAUGCCCAUCGUGGGUGUCAUCGAAAAUAUGAAAGGUUUUGUCUGUCCGAAAUGCACAGCCAAAUCGGACAUUUUCCCAGCGACAACUGGUGGAGCAGCUGGAAUGUGCAAAGAAAUGAAUGUGAAUAUGCUGGCCGAAUUGCCACUCGAUCCACAAAUUUCGCGGGCCUGUGAUCAAGGAACAAAUUUCAUUGAAGAAUUUGCCAAAUCGGACGCCACCAAAGCCUUAAACCAAGCCGUUGACGGAAUUAUGAACUUUUUCCAGGAAUAAUACGUCUUGUCAUGAAUUACUC